AUGCCUCCCGUUCCUAAAUACAAAUACCCAUCCGGCCAUCAAAAACGUAAGAAGAGGAAGCUAGAGGAAGAGAAAAGAAAGGCGGACGACGUAAAACAAAACCGAAUAAACAAGUUUUUUUCAAAAGAAACUCAAAAUUCUAGUUCUAGCUUGGGUGACGAUAAUGUGGGUCAAGAGGCUAAUGUGGGCGAAGACAAUGUGACCGUAGGUGAAGAAGGUAAUGUGGGCGAAGACAAUGUGACCGUAGGUGAAGACAACAUGAACGUAGGUGAAGAUAAUGUUAAUGAUAUCGUAGAUGAAGAUGAUGUUAAUCUGGUUCCGGAUAUUGAUAUUUUUGAUCCUAGAAAUUGGGGUGGGCUUAGUAAUGACAUGAUUAAAGAGUUGGUUACGAAAGGUCCAAAAAGAGAUAUGGAUGUUAAGGGCCCCGUGGAUAAAUUUGGAAGACAUUUUUCUAAUACCAUGUACACUAGAAUUUUAUCAAAUAUGGAAACGUGCGAUAGAGAAUGGCUAGUGUAUUCGAAAAAACUUGACAAACUCUAUUGUUUUUGUUGUAAAGUUUUUAGAACGCGGCAUCCGAAAGGUGGGUUGGAUGAUGAAGGUUAUAACGAUUGGAGACAUGCCAGUGGUAGACUUAAAAAACAUGAAGUUGGUUUAGAACAUUUCAAGAAUAUGAAUGAAUGGUUUGAAUUGCGGCAAAGGUUGAAACGCAAAGAAACAAUUGACAAAGGGGCAUAUGAGCACUUUAGAAAAGAAAAAGAUUAUUGGAAACAAGUCAUCUUAAGGAUUAUUGCACUUGUGAAGUUUUUUGCAAAAUAUGGCUUAGCGUUUCGUGGGUCAAAUGAGAAGUUGUAUCAAAAAGGAAAUGGAAACUUUUUGGGUUUGGUUGAGAUGUUGGAAGAGUUUCACCCGAUUAUGAAAGAACAUGUGCGCCGAGUUUUGAAUGAAGAGUGCCAUGUACACUUUCUUAGCCACAAUAUUCAAAACGAGUUGAUACAAUUAUUAGGGGAUAAAGUUAGAACCGAAAUCAUCAAGAAAGUUAAGCAAGCAAAGUAUUACUCCAUCAUCCUCGAUUGCACGCCUGAUACAAGUCACCAAGAGCAAAUGUCCAUAAUUGUGAGGUAUGUGAAUUUUAACUCUAGUUCUGUGAUCAUUGAGGAAUCCUUUUUAGGUUUUUUGGUUGUUGAUGAUACCACGGGUUUAGGACUUUUUGAAGUAACAUGUAAGGAAUUAGAGUCGCUUGAUCUUGAUAUUGGUGAUAUGCGUGGUCAAGGCUACGAUAAUGGGGCAAACAUGAGAGGAAAAAACAAAGGAGUUUAA